AUGGAGGAUCAAAAACGUACAACAAGUUUAACGCUUGAGAUUGAUAACUACUCGGAGAAAGAUUCAUCAGCAAAAUUCUUAACACGCUUUUCCGAGCCUGAGCUACACAAUUUGACCGAGCGCAAAGAAGCAGGCUUCAAACUAGAGUGCUUGAAGGAGAAGCAUGAAGAGAUAAAGAAACCAACUGUUGAUGAUAUUGGAGUCCAACAAUGUGAGUUAUCCUUCAGGGAAAUAAUAGUUGAACUGAGUAGAGAGACCAAGUUAUUAGUAGCUGAGAUGAAAAAGGCGACCACUGUCCAAGAAGGUGAUCUAUCCAUCAAGGAAAUAGUAGCUGAACUGAAUAAGGACACCAAGUCAAUGUUAGCUGAGCUGAAAAAGGACACCAAGGCUGUUAGAGACUGGCUUGGGGGUGUUGUUCACUCGUGUAAAAUACGAGUUGGGUUUGCUGACGUUGGUAAGCCAAAAAUAGAUUAA